AUGAUCAGAAGCCGCCGAAGAAACCCCCGCCCAGUCAAAGACAAACGACUCAGGCCAGCCGGCCAACUUAUUCGUAACGAGCUCAGUAAAUUACUGGACAAAGACUUCAAGCCCAUUAAGAAACCCAAAGGAGGGCGCUCUGCGUCCUCUCACGUCUCGACCAGUCAGCCAGAAGAGGGUUCACAGGACCUCGCCAUAUCCUCAUCCUCUGCUAUCAAAGCCACCAAUCCCCUGUCUCCCGACCUGUUUGAAACCCCUUUCAUCGGAGCCGCCCAGUCUCUCGCAGUAGGGGAUCAGCCGCUCCCUCCCCUAACUUACGAUCCCAACGCCCUCGACCCGUCACUCCUGCUUCAGGAUUUUGAUGGAUAUAAUGCACCCAGCCCUGCACUUGUACCUCCCGCCAGCAUGUAUCCCGACGACCUAGAGGGCUAUGGCUAUCAGCCAUAUCAUCCCACCCAAGGCACCUUCGACACCAACCCCGAGACUGCUAAUGGGUUCGCCUACACCAACACUCCAUUAGCUGAGGUUUGGACUGCCCAAGGCCAGCAUGCCGUGGGCCCUUACUCUGUUCAGGCGCCAGCCAUGGCAAGUCCGCCCGCACCGGCCCAACCGCAGACCGUCAAGAUUUGGGGACCGAACAAGGGCUGGACAUCUCUCAACGCCGUCCUUGACUACAGCAGCCAGCACAGCUACCUCAUGGCCAGCGCUGCGAAGAAGGCUGGCUGGCAUAGCUUUAAUCCCAUGGCCCCUGAAUACAGCCACCAGGGCUCGACCCAAUAUGGCCUUGUAACUCCUACUCAUUGGAUCAACACUCUCAUCAAGGCCGAGGGCUUCCUCGGUUUCCCUCAAAGGAACGAGAACAUUUACAUCUUCCCAAAGGGCCAACACUGCCCGGCCAAUGUCGAUCUUAUCAUUGGCCAAAAGCUGUGGCCGGACGAAGCGGAGGGUUCUACCUCUGUUUUUGACGGGCUCGGAUUUUGA